AUUUUUAAGAGAGUGUGAAGAUGCUGCUUGUCUGUGUCCUAACCUCUCUUAUGUUUUUCUGAAGCGCAGUUCUUCUCUAGAAAGCCCUUCUUGAGACUGAGGAUUGGCUGUACCCCUUUGAUUCCAACCAGAAUCAUAUUUCAGCUGUUAAUGCCUGUGGAGAGACUUUGCUGGUCUUUGGAUGAGGUUUUUUAGUCUGAAACAAUAGUUUGGGUUGGGGAGGUUGAUGAAGCAUGGAAAAUGUUACCCUGCUGAAGUAGAUAGAUUCUUCUUCUCUUUCUUCCUAUGAUUUCUUUUUGUCUUCUCUGGCUUUUAGCUUUGUAUCUUUUUCCGGUAUAAUUUUUCAUCAAAUAUAAUCUGUCUCAUCUACACACCCUGUUAAAAACAUGUCUGUCUUAGAAUCUUUCCUACAUUGUUUUCCUCACAUAAAUUGAUUCAGGCUGUGAUUCUGUGGGAGUUGAACUGAUUGACUGACUUGCAGCUGUUGAAAAGGGGAGAACAUUCUCUUCCCUUGCAUAAAAGGGGCAAGAGAGGGCAAUUCUUCGUCUUCAUUAUGAUACUCAGUGAAAUUUUCUAUAAUCCACUUUAUUCCCUAACCUAACAGAAAACUACCCAGUUUUUUGAUCUGAUGGUUUUCUGUCAUAGUAGAGAGUUACAGCAGAUCAGAGAGGCACCUGGUGAAUACUGACUGGUGCUAGCAAAAGAGCUUGGUUGUUGCCAAUGCUGGUCUAGGUAAUGGGAUGAGUAGACACCAACUGUUUAGGAUAGUAGAAGAAUAUGGAUUGGUGGAAACAGUCUUAAUGCCACCGAAUAAACCAUAUUCAUUUGUGAAGUAUGGGACAACAGAAGAAGCCAAGAAAGCCUUUGAUGCCCUCAAUGGAAAAGAAGUUACACUGGAGGACUUUGGCCAAAAUAUUGUUUUAUAUAUUAAUUUUGUGGAAAAAGUUUUUUGGAAGAAUGCUGUACCUACAAGCUUGCCUCCAGGCCUAACAGUCGUUGAAAAGGUUAUUUCUCCUGAGGAAGAAAGGAUGAUGUUGGAAAGUAUUGACUGGAUAGAAGAUGAAGAUACUCAAAAUGCCCAGAAGACUUUAAAACAUAGACGAGUAAAACAUUUUGGAUAUGAGUUUUGCUAUGAUAGCAACAAUGUUGAUAAAGAUAAACCUUUGUCUGGAGGUCUCCCUGAAAUUUGCAACCUAUUCUUGGAGAAGUGCUUGAGGCAGGGAUAUAUCAAGCAUAAACCUGAUCAAUUGACUGUAAAUCAGUAUGAACCUGGACAAGGAAUUCCUCCUCAUGUUGAUACACAUUCUGCUUUUGAGGAUGAAAUAAUCUCUCUCAGUUUAGGAGCUGAGAUCGUGAUGGAUUUCAAACACCCCGAUGGCCACACAGUAGCAGUUAUGCUGCCUCGAUGCAGUUUGCUGGUGAUGGCUGGAGAAUCCAGAUACCUAUGGACGCAUGGGAUUACACCCCGAAAAUACGAUGUCAUUCAAGCAUCUGAGCUUGGACAGAAGGUUGGAACAAUCACUGCUGACAUCGGAGAUUUAACAUUAAAUCGAAGGGAAACAAGGACAUCAUUUACAUUCAGGAAAGUGAGGAGAAGCCCUUGCAAUUGCAUUUACCCAUCUGUCUGCGACAGCCAGAAAGGACAGCAAAGACAGGAGCAACCUUCAUUUCCCCUCAGUGAGAUGGAGGCCUCAAAGCUGGAGCAAGAACACGUACACAAGGUGUAUGAAGAGAUUGCAGCACACUUCAGCAGUACCAGGCAUAGCCCGUGGCCGCAAAUUGUAGAGUUUCUCAGGUCAUUACCAAAAGGGGCAAUAGUGGCUGAUGUUGGAUGUGGUAAUGGGAAAUAUCUAGGCAUCAACAAGGAAUUGUACAUGAUUGGCUGUGAUCGCAGCAAAAACCUUGUGGAUAUUUGCGGAGAAAAAGAAUUCCAGGCUUUUGUCUGUGAUGCCCUGUCAGUGCCAAUCCGGAGUGGUUCUUGCGAUGCCUGCAUCUCUAUUGCUGUAAUCCACCACUUCUCAACAGCAGAGAGGAGACUGGCUACUAUCCGUGAAUUAGCCCGUCUUCUAAGACCUGGUGGAACAGCACUCAUUUAUGUCUGGGCAAUGGAACAAGAAUACAAAAACCGGAAGUCUAAAUACCUUAAGGAAAAGAAUGAUAGUAAAGGCAAAGAGGAGGAAAUAAAUACUGACGUGGCCCAGGGACUGCUACGUGAUCAGAUGCCUGAUGGCAGCAGCCAAGACUCAGCAAGUUCUGACCAACUCCUUAAUGACUCUAAGGACAAAGGCUGGCAUGCAAAGCCAGUAGCAGACUCCAGACUGCCCGUUCACACUAACCGAACCUCCUUCCACUCUCAAGACUUGCUGGUUCCCUGGCACCUGAAAAGUGACACUAAAAAGAAGGCAGAAAGUGCUGAUACACUGUCGUUUCCAGCUGGCUCUAAGGAAUCGCAAGAACUCAGCCCUAUUCUCCACCGUUAUUAUCAUGUGUUCUGUGAAGGAGAACUGGAAGCAGCAUGCAGAUCUUUGGAUUGUGUGAGGGUUCAAAAAAAUUAUUAUGAUCAGGGAAACUGGUGUGUGGUUCUGGAAAAGCUGUAGGCCUGUGGUGCUUCCUCCAUUGCCUGUUUUUUUACAGGAUGGAGGAGAUACUUUUAAUGCAGGCUGCAGCUACUACCUCUUUCAAAAUAGCACAAUAAACAUUGUUUAUUGAAUUUA